CUCAAAGUCAAAGUCUCCAUUUUUAAGCUUAAAACUCCAUUUUUCUCCAGAAAACAACCAAAACCCAUUUCAAAUGGCCGAUCACCACCACCACCAGCACCGCCCCCAUCGCCUCGCCGUCCCACCACGCACCACCCCCUUCUCCACCACCACCACCACCACAACAACAACCCGACCAUACCCAAAUUACUCCCACCUCUCUACACCAACACCAACUCCAUCAAAACAACGCCUUUCAUCACUCUCAUCAUCCAAAUCAAAAUCAAAAUCAUCAGUUUCAUUUCUGAUUCUCCUCCUCUUCUCCCUCCGCUCUCUCUACUCCCUCCUCCCAUUCCUCCGCUCAUCUCCGUCGUUCUCUCUCUUCCCUUUCUCCUUCCUCGUCUCCCUCCUCUCCUUCCUUCUCUCUCUAGCUUUCUCUUUUUUUCCCAAUUACAAUCAACCCAUCUUCUCCAUCUCUUCAAUCUCACCCGCCCAACACAAGCUUUUAGUCACUAAAUCUCUUCUCCUUGGUGGGGUUUUUCUCCUGAGAUUUCAAGCUCUUCGCUUUUGCGGCACUGCUGCUCUCAUUCUUGCUGAAUUAUCCGGUUCCGUCGCCGCCCGGUUCGUAACUCAAGUGGGUAAGCAUCAAUUGGCGAAUAAUGGUGGUAAAUUUUCCGGGUUUUUUGCGCUUUUUAUCGGGUUGUUUUUGUUAUCCAUCAGUUGGGAUCGGAUUGAUUGCUUCCCAUUUUCGACUUCUUUUGGAUUUUCGGUGUUUCCUAGAGAGAAUUGUGUUCGGUUUUGGUCUAUGUUGUUACCGUUUUCGUCUGGGUUUUUAGGUUGUUAUGAGCGUGUUUCCAUGAACUCUGGCGCUAUCAGACAGCUCGGUCCGAAACGGGUUAGAUUGGUUUCUUUAUUUUAUACUACUUUGUUGCUGUUUAUUCCUGCUUUAGUUAGUUUAACCAUGUUUGAGAGUGGUGAUGAUGAUGUUUUGAUUGCGAAUUUCGGUUGGCCUUUAGUUAAUACUGUAGUUUUUGGAGUUCUUUUAAGUGAAAAUUAUUAUACUGAAGAUAAGUUGGUUUAUUCUAAGGAUUUUCAGAAAGAGUUUUUGAUUACAUUUGUUUGUACAGUUGUUUUGGAGUUGUUUUAUUUCCCUGAGUUGUCUCUUUGGGGUCUUUUGUUAUGUGGGCUACUGUUGUAUAUUGCUGUUAGAAAGUUGGAUCCUCUUUAUUGGAAUUAUCUUCAAUUGGGAUUGGAGUCGUCGGAGUCGCUUAGUUCUUCAAUUAUGAAGCCUGUUAGACAUAUUUUGAGCGAGAGAAAGUCUCGUAAGAUUGCGCUCUUUUUGUUGAUUAACACUGCUUACAUGGUUGUCGAGUUUGCUGCUGGGUUUAUGAGCAACAGCCUUGGAUUGAUUUCGGAUGCUUGUCACAUGUUGUUUGAUUGUGCUGCGUUGGCAAUUGGUUUAUAUGCUUCUUAUAUUUCUCGUUUGCCUGCGAACAAUCAGUUUAAUUAUGGACGUGGGCGGUUUGAGGUUUUGUCAGGGUAUGUUAAUGCUGUUUUUCUGGUUCUUGUCGGGGCAUUGAUUGUGUUGGAGUCGUUUGAGAGAAUUUUGGAUCCGCAAGAGAUAUCAACUGAUAGUUUGCUAACUGUUUCCAUUGGAGGGCUUCUAGUAAAUCUCGUUGGGCUGGUCUUUUUCCAUGAGGAGCAUCACCAUGCCCAUGGUGGGUCCGGAUCAUGCUCACAUUCUCAUUCCCAUUCGAAGUCCGACUCUCAUUCUCACCAGCAUCACCAUCACGACCAUGAUCAUGAAGGUCAUGAUGGAAAACGUCAUGACUGUAUAUCUGUUUCUCACAACUGCAAUGAGAAGACAUUGGCUAGCCACAGUGGUCAUCUUGAACACCAUCAUUGUGACCACCACCAUGAUGACCAUAACCAUACUCAUGAUCAGAACCAAAGCAACCAUGCUCACCAUCAUCACGAUCACAGUGGCCACUCUCACCAUCAUCAUGACCAUGAAUUAUCCUCCCAUGCUCACACUCAUCACGACAGUGACAGUGGUUCCAAGCAGAGAAAUUUGAUAUCCGUCGAAGAAGAAUCUCAAAAACGGGAGCAUCGCCAUAUUGAUCACAAUAUGGAGGGAAUAUUUUUGCAUGUUCUGGCAGACACAAUGGGAAGUGUUGGAGUUGUUAUAUCUACCCUCCUGAUAAAGUAUAAAGGAUGGCUUGUUGCUGAUCCUGCCAGCUCAAUAUUCAUUUCCGUUUUAAUCAUAUCCUCUGUCAUUCCGUUGCUCAGAAACUCCGCAGAAAUUCUGCUUCAACGAGUUCCGAGGGCUCAUGAGCAGGACAUGAGAGUAGCUGUCAAAGAUACUAUGAAGAUAAAGGAGGUACAUGGCGUUCAGAAUUUACAUUUCUGGAGCUUUACGAACACAGAUGUUAUCGGUACAAUGCAACUCCACGUCUCAGCAGAAACCGACAAGGCUUCAUUAAAGGAUCGGGUUUCACACAUAUUUCACGAUGCAGGAGUCAAGGAUUUGACAGUGCAGAUAGAGUGCAUCAAAUGAUUAGCAUAAUCAUUUUUGAGAUGGGUUUCAUCUUCCUGAUAUAUGUGGGGAAGCUCGAGAAGCGAAUGAGAUCUUCACUGGAAUUAUCAAUUGUCGAUUCUACUGAUUCAGAGUCUAUCUUUUUGCUUGUGCUGAGCUUCACGGGUUCGACUCUUUUUUCGAGAGAAGAAUGUUGUCAAGUUAGUAAAGCUUAAUAAUGCUUUACUGGAUCUCUAAACAGUAUUUAAACUCAUGGGUGAUGGAGGAUCAUUUUGGCAAACAUCAAACAGAAAUAAUUAGUGAUUGUAAUGUACCUGUUGAGAAAACAUAUAGAAGUAGAAAAAAGAAGUGCGCUGAUCUUGUAGAUUUGAGGAGGCUGAAGUAAAUUGUAACGUUAAAAAUAUUAUCAUAUGACAUUUUUGUUCUUUCCAAUCUUUCCUCUUGGAGUAAUAAAUUUAUAAUUAAGUUAA